CCACCGCGCGGUGGCUGGGGGUGGGAGCAGGGCCGCGGCGCGCGGCUGAGAGAUGCCGGGCAGCGGGGCCGCUGUCCGCGGGCGCUCAGCCUCGCAGAGGCGGAAGCCGCAGCCGCGCCAUGGGGCCGGGGCAGCGCCCGCCCCGGGCACAGCAUCUGCCCGCUGAGCGGCCGUGGAAUCCGGCGGCGGGAGGCGGCAGCGGAGCUGUGCUCCGGCAGCCGUGAGAGGGCCGAUCGCUGCUCCUGCCCCGAGAAACCCGGGGAGACCCCCGAAGAAGGAGGCGGCUGCACCCACCCGCUCGCUUCCCGCUCGCUUCCCGCGUAGGGAAAGGUGGAGCCCAGCUCUCCGCCGCCCGGAAGGCGCGGGGCGCGCCCGGAAACCGGCGGCGGGCGAGAGGCGGUACCGCGGCUGCCACGUUGGAGCGGGCCGGGGACGGGUGAGCGCCGAGGACGCGGAGUGAAAUGAAGCUGAAGGAAAUUGAUCGUACUGCCAUGCAGGCAUGGAGCCCUGCCCAGCAGCACCCCAUUUACCUAGCCACAGGUACAUCAGCUCAGCAGCUGGAUGCCACCUUCAGUACAAGUGCUUCUCUAGAAAUAUUUGAGUUGGACUUAUCAGACCCUUCGCUGGACAUGAAGUCCUGCGCCACCUUCUCCUCCACUCACAGGUACCACAAGCUGAUCUGGGGGCCACACAGCAUGACCUCGGGUGAGAGAGUCUCGGGAGUCCUGAUUGCCGGUGGUGAAAACGGAAAUGUCAUUCUGUACGACCCAGCCAAAAUCAUAGCUGGAGACACUGAAGUAAUAAUUGCCCAGAAAGACAAGCACACGGGACCAGUAAGAGCACUUGAUGUCAACAUGUUCCAGACUAAUCUGGUGGCCUCUGGUGCUAAUGAGUCUGAAAUCUAUAUCUGGGACUUGAACAAUUUUGCCACGCCAAUGACACCAGGAGUGAAGACACAGCCUCUUGAGGACAUCAGCUGCAUUGCAUGGAACAGGCAAGUCCAGCAUAUCCUGGCAUCUGCCAGCCCUAGCGGCCGAGCUACUGUGUGGGAUCUCAGGAAGAAUGAACCCAUCAUCAAAGUCAGUGACCACAAUAACCGGAUGCACUGCUCAGGCCUGGCGUGGCACCCUGAUGUUGCUACCCAGAUGGUUUUGGCCUCAGAGGAUGACAGGCUGCCUGUGAUUCAGAUGUGGGACCUAAGAUUUGCCUCCUCGCCACUUCGUGUUCUAGAAAGCCAUACAAGGGGUAUAUUGGCCAUUGCCUGGAGUAUGGCGGAUUCGGAGCUGCUACUUAGCUGUGGGAAGGAUGCUAAAAUUCUCUGCUCCAACCCUAACACGGGCGAGGUGCUGUAUGAGUUGCCCACAAACACACAAUGGUGCUUUGACAUCCAGUGGUGUCCCAGGAACCCCGCUGUCUUGUCUGCGGCUUCAUUUGACGGGCGGAUCAGCGUUUACUCCAUCUUGGGAGGUAGCACGGAUGGCUUGAGGCAGAAGCAAGUUGACCAGCUUUCAUUGUCUUUUGGGAACCUCGAUCCAUUUGGUAUGGGACAGCCACUCCCACCCCUGCAGCUUCCCCAGCAAACCGCCCCACAGAGUGUCAUUUUGCCCCUAAAGAAACCACCCAAAUGGAUCCGACGACCUGUGGGAGCAUCGUUCUCGUUUGGAGGCAAGCUGGUUACAUUUGAGAAUGCCAAGUCUCAGCAGCAGCCAGGCAUUGAGCAGCAGCAGCGUCACCAUGUCUACCUGAGCCAGGUUGUUACAGAGAAGGAAUUCCUGGCCCGCUCGAACCAGCUGCAAGAGGCUGUGCAGUCUGAAGGCUUUGUCAGCUACUGCCAGAAGAAAAUUGACAUGGCCCAGGCUGACUUUGAGAAAAACGUGUGGGCCUUCUUAAAGGUGAACUUUGAAGAAGAUUCACGUGUUAAAUACCUUGAGCUCUUGGGAUACAGGAAGGGGGAUCUGAGGAAGAAGAUUACAUCCGCUCUGAAUAAAGAGGGUCUUGCAGAUGGUGACUUUGGAGAGACUCCUGCAGAAUCUGAUGAAUCUGUGCCGAACAAGGGGGACGAAGGCCAGGCUACAGAGGAGCAGUUCUUGGGAGAGAGAGUGAAUGACCAUAAACAAGAAACUGAAGAUUUGGGAUCUGCAAAGAAGACAUUUAACAUCUCUGUUAGUGGAGAUGUGGACGGUUUGAUUACCCAGGCUUUGCUGACGGGUAACUUUGAGAGCGCAGUAGAUCUCUGCUUGCACGAUAACCGCAUGGCUGACGCCAUUAUCUUGGCCAUCGCAGGCGGACAAGAGCUGCUUUCUAGGACACAGGAAAAGUACUUUGCUAAGAUGCAGAGCAAAAUUACCAGGCUUAUCACUGCAGUGGUAACAAAGAACUGGGAAGAGAUUGUGCAGUCUUGUGAUCUGCAGAAUUGGAGAGAGGCUUUGGCUGCUGUGCUCACUUAUGCCAGGCCAGAUGAGUUUGCAGCCCUUUGCGAUCUCCUGGGUAACAGGCUGGAGAGCGAGGGGGACAGCCUUCUGCAGACACAGGCUUGUCUCUGUUACAUUUGUGCUGGCAACGUGGAAAAACUCGUUGCUUGUUGGACCAAAGCUCAGGAUGGAAACAGCCCCUUAUCCCUUCAGGAUUUAAUAGAGAAAGUUGUAAUCCUGCGCAAAGCCGUGCAGCUCACCCAGGCUGUGGACCCUAAUGCUGUGGGGGCCCUUUUGGCCGAGAAGAUGAGCCAGUACGCCAACCUCCUGGCUGCCCAGGGCAGCAUUGCUGCAGCUUUGACCUUCCUCCCUGCAAACACCAACCAGCCAAACAUCAUGCUGUUACGGGACAGGCUUUGCAGAGCCCAAGGGGAGCUCCCAGUGGGACAGGAGGCCCUCAAGGCACCAUAUGAGAGACAGCCCAUGCCCAAAGGACAAGCUGCCCCUGUGGCUGGACAGAUGCAAGGGCCCCAGGCUCCAGCCCAGCAGUAUUACCAACAGGUUAGAAUUGCCCCUACUGUCACUACCUGGAGUAACAAAACUCCUACUGCCCUUCCCAGCCAUCUUCCUGCAGGCUGUCCCUCUGACACACAGGGAGACAACCCACCUGCUCCAGGGUUUAUCAUGCCAGGUGCUGUUAACCCCAACAUGCCACUGCAGCAAGCCACAUCUUCCAAUUACAGCAUGUACUCGCAAGCAGGGGCCCGGCCAACGUACCCGCAGACAUAUCAGGCCACACAGCAGUACUCUUGUGGAACAGGGGGACCAGCUCUCUACCAGCCUCAGCAGCCUAUCGCUGUCCCUUCUUACCCAAACCCUGCCCCUAACACCACGACUCCCUACCUGCCCUCUGCCUCUGCCCAUUCUGUGCCCUCCCCGCUCUACCCUGGGCAGCCUCAACCCUCCCCAACAAGCCUGAAUCCCAUCUCUUCCUUCCCUCUUCCUCCUUCUGCUGCAUCCUUUCAGCAUGGCAGGCCAGGACCUCCAGCAACUUCUGUGGCCUAUGCAUUACCUGCUGGACCAACAGGUACUCUGCCUGCAACCAGUGAACUUCCUGCAUCCCAGAGAACAGGGCCUCAGAAUGGCUGGAAUGACCCUCCCGCCCUGAACAGAGCUGCCAAGAAGAAGAAGGUCCCUGAUAACUUCCUGCCCCCAGUUCCCAUCACCUCCCCCAUCAUGAACCCGCUGGCAGAUCCACAGUCUCAGAUGCAGCAGCCUCCGGCUCCAGCACCACCCACAGUUGCACCCAGCUUCCAGCCUCCGCACCUCCCUGCAGGACAGCUGGUGCUACAGGGUGGCUACCCACCUGCUUCCCAGCCCCUGGGGCCAUGCAUCAUGCCACCUGCUGUUUCCAAACCCAGCACAGAGGGGGCCCCUGGGGCCCCAAUUGGCAAUGCCAUCCAGCAUGUGCAGGCACUGCCAACAGAGAAGAUUACAAAGAAGCCCAUCCCUGAGGAGCACCUUAUUCUGAAGACUACGUUUGAAGCUCUUAUCCAGAGGUGCCUGCUGUCUGCCUCUGAUCCGCAAACCAAGAGGAAACUAGAUGAUGCAAAUAAACGCCUGGAAUUUCUAUAUGACAAACUUAGGGAACAGACACUCUCUCCAACCAUCAUUAGCGGUUUGCACAACAUUGUGAAGAGCAUUGAAACACACAACUAUCAGGAGGGACUGAACAUCCACACGCACAUAGUCAGCACCAGCAACUUCAGCGAGACCUCUGCUUUCAUGCCCGUUCUGAAAGUUGUCCUCACCCAGGCCAAUAAGCUGGGUGUUUGAAGUAACCCUGCAUUUGCAAAGCCUUGACGGUUGCUUUUCCAAAGAAGUGCAUUUCUCCAGCAAAUAUGCAGGAAAUGGACCAAAUGCUAGUCCUUAUGGCACGUGGCAGUAGAGCGCUGACAAAUGGCAUUACACUCUCCCUGCAAAAUACUUCAUUCUAGGAGGGCUGUGGAGCCCUGGUGCUUUUCUUUUUAUUUUAAUCCUUUUCCUAUCCCUAAUGAUUCUUGUCUACAAAUAGUAUAUUUAAUGGAUGAUGCCCAAUAUUGUCAAUUUUUAGAUGCAUGUUAUACUGCUGAACAGUGGCUUUUAAUAACAGAUGUAUGUGUUAAAACAACAACAUAGGUUGUGUACCAGACCCUAAAACAGAUUAUUCCCUUCCACCCCACUGUUCCUUACCCACCAGAUUAAAGAGUCUGAUUGUAUUAUAACUGUAUUUGGUCUUUUAUUUUAUGAAGCUGCUUGCAGUUCUGUUAUUACAAUUUACAUGUUAAAUAGCUUAAAUUUGCACUGGGGCAAAUGAGCAAAAUAAAGGCUAAUGUGGUAUUUUCAAUAAAUAUUAAUUUAUUAAAAUGUG